AUGAAAUUCCGUGGCUUUGGACAGCGGGACGUCUUGCUCGAGGAGGCAGCUCCUCAAACUGAGCCCGCCGGGGAGAGUGCCACAGAGAAGAACCUCAACGAUGAUAUUGGAGAGGCAAGAAGUAGUGACGAGAACAUCCUCGAGAAGAUACCUACACCCGACGUGCAGACUGGUGUCAAGAAAGUCGAAGCUGUCACCUUGACAUGGACCAAGAAUGAAUUAAUUCUGGCUUACGCGUUUAUCUUCCUGGUCUUCUUCGUCGUUUCGAUGCAGCAACAGACUCAAUUCAACUUGAUCGUCUACGUAACCUCGUCCUUUUCGUUGCUUCCUCUCACCUCGACCACUUCAAUCGUCUCUAGCAUUGUUGGUGGUGUCAUGAGACUACCAACUGCCAAAUUCGUUGAUCUCAUAGGACGCGCAGAGGGUUUUGGAAUCAUGACUGGAUUUGCUGUCAUCGGUCUCAUCAUGAUGGCUGCUUGUAGAAACGUCGAGACUUAUGCUGCUGCUCAGGUCUUCUAUUGGGUCGGUUUCGAUGGUAUGGCUUACACACUAGACGUCUUCAUGGCCGAUACAUCCAGCUUGAAGAACAGAGCUCUAGUCUUUGCCUUCUCAACUACUCCAUACAUAGUCACGACUUUUAUUGGCCCAAGAGCAGCCCAAUCCUUCCUCGAAACUAGUGGAUGGCCAUGGGGAUAUGGUACAUAUGCAAUCGUUACUCCCGUCAUUGCAAUGCCUAUUAUGUCUCUUCUUUGGCUCAACCAAUGCAAGGCCACCAAGAGAGGGUUGCUGGUCAAAGAGAAGAGUGGACGUACUCUGGGACAGAGCAUUAACUACUACUUCUGGGAGUUUGACAUCAUCGGCUUGAUCCUCAUCUGUGCCGGUUUCGUCCUCAUCCUCCUUCCAUUCUCUCUCGCCUCAUACCAAGCAAAAGGAUACAAAGCACCCAUGAUCAUCGCCAUGUUCGUCGUCGGUGGCAUUGCUUUGAUUGCAUUCAUCUGCUACGAAAAGUUCCUUGCUCCCAAGUCCUUCAUCCCGUUCAGUCUCCUCAUGGAUCGCUCUGUUAUUGGGGCAUGUAUGCUUUCCAACUUCUUGUUCAUCAGCUUCUAUCUCUGGGAUUCCUACUUCAACGCCUACCUACAAGUCGUCCACAGCCUUUCAGUAACGAACGCUGGCUAUGUCUACAACAUCUAUAGCAUCGGCUCCUGUUUUUGGGCUGUCAUCCUCGCAGGCCUGAUCCGACUCAUCGGCCGCUUCAAAUACCUCGCUCUCGCUCACCUCUGUCUCCAGAUCCUCGGCGUAGGCCUAAUGAUCCACUUCCGCAAACCAGACAUUGGAAUCGGAUACCUGAUCAUGUGCCAAAUCUUCAUUGCUUUCGGAGGCGGUGGACUAGUCAUCUGCGAAGAUAUGGCUGUUAUGGCAGCAGCUCCCCACGCUGGAGUUGCGUCCAUGUUGGCUCUUAUAGCUCUCUUUAGCUCUGUCGGAGGGGGUAUUGGAUCCGCGAUCGCUGGUGCGAUAUACACCCACAAAUUCCCCGAAGCACUCAAUGCAGCGUUGCCAGGGAACGCGACUUUGAAUGCUGAGUUGUAUGCUAGUAUUACUACGCAGCUCUUGUAUCCGAUUGGAUCUCCUGAGCGGACGGCGGUCAUUUAUGCGUAUGGGCAGUCGAUGUGGUAUUUGACGAUUGCGGCGACGGUCUUCUUGGUUCCCUGCUUUGGGUUUAUUCUUAUAUGGAAGGAUUUCAAGGUCAAGGAGCUGAGACAGGUGAAGGGUAGGGUUGCUUAA